AACUCAUGUAUGUAGUAGUAUAUAUAAAUCUUCCCUUAGCUAAAGAGAAUUUUGUAUAUAAAAAUUUGAUCAUGUUAUGUGAAGUUGAACUCGAAUAUGAGUGAUAUAUGUUAGGAUAAACCUCGAAAAUUAUAUUAUACCAACCUUUAAUCAAGGAGAAAAAAAGGAGCAUACACAAAGUGACAAUUGAAACUUCAGCUUUGAACUUUGGGAGUCUCCUUCCCUUCCAAGAAAGGUAGCCCACUACACAUCCCACAUCUACACUCUUCCCCCACCCCCUCUCUCUUGAUUCCACUUCAAGAAAUAACUACCACCAAACUAUCUCUCUCUUCUUUAAUGAAAGCUCUGAAUUACAGAGUGCUCUCUCUUUCUCUUGAUUUCAGUUGAAAAAGAAACAAGCACUAAACUAAUGCUCCAACCUCAAUUAAAAUCACACAAAUGGACAUGAAGCUCUUCACCUUAUCUUUCAUCCUAACCUCUCUCCUCUACCUGUCUGUCCUCUACAUCCCCACAAUGACGAGAAUCCCCAAAGCAGCAACCACCUUCAUCCUCCCACAACAUCACAACCCCUACAACGCCACCUUCGCCUACCUCAUCUCCGCCUCCUCCGGCGACACCAUGAAGCUCAAACGCCUCAUGCUCGCCCUCUACCACCCGGCCAACCACUACCUCAUCCACCUCGACGCCUCCGCCCCCGCCGACGACCACCGCGAGAUCGCCCGCUUCGUCUCCACCAAUGACGUCUUUGCCCAAGUUGGGAAUGUGUGGAUCGUCAAGAACCCCAAUUUGGUCACUUACAGAGGCCCCACCAUGCUCGCUACAACCCUCCACGCCAUGGCCAUGCUGCUCAGAACUGCGAAAUGGGAUUGGUUUAUCAAUCUCAGUGCCUCUGAUUACCCUUUGAUCACUCAAGAUGAUCUGAUUCAUGCCUUCUCAGACUUGCCUAAAGAUCUCAACUUUGUUCAGCACACUAGCCACUUGGGUUGGAAAUUGAAUAAAAGAGGGAAGCCAAUUAUAAUAGACCCGGGUUUGUACAGUGCAAAUAAAUCUGAGAUCUGGUGGGUGAUUAAACAAAGAAGUCUGCCCACUGCUUUCACACUUUAUACUGGAUCAGCAUGGACAGUCCUAUCAAGAUCCUUUGCAGAAUACUGCAUAGCAGGGUGGGACAACCUCCCCAGAAGCCUCCUCCUCUACUACACCAACUUCGUCUCCUCUCCCGAGGGCUACUUCCAGACUCUGCUGUGCAACUCGGAGGAAUUCAAGAACACCACCCUCAACCACGACCUUCACUACAUCACAUGGGACAUUCCUCCCAAGCAGCACCCCAGGUCACUAGGUCUCAAGGAUUACAGGAAGAUGAUCCUCAGCAACAGACCCUUUGCGCGCAAGUUCAAGAAGAACGACCCCGUUUUAAACAAGAUUGAUCGAGAUCUUCUCAAGAGGGGCAGCCGCCAGUUCGCGCAUGGUGGCUGGUGUUUCCAAGGCGGACCCGAAUGCUCCAAGCUGCAGGGGGAGAAUUAUGGGGUUUUGAGGCCCGGAACUGGUUCAAGGAGGUUGAGGAUUCUGCUUAAUAACUUGGUUUCUGCUCAGAAUUUUCGUAGAAAACUAUGUAGAUAAAUUCAAUUCACCUUUUUUUUUUUUUUAGAAUUGAAAUAUGGUUUGUCAUACACGAGGGAUGAUGGUGUGGUAUAGAAGAAUUGAAAGAGGAAAGUUUCUUAUGUGCUGAAUAAAUUUGAUGGAGUUGAAGAAAUAAAUUACUCCUUUGUGGUUCGGCCUUAGGGCCGGGUUUUGUA